UGUUUUCUAGCGUCCAUUCUUGUAGUUCGUUUACUCAUUCGAAUUCGUAGUUCUCUUUCCGAGAAUCUUUUAGUUAUUUUACGCUGUAUGUAAAGCAUUUUAGCGCCCAUUUUUGUAUAGUCCAAGAACUUUAUCAUUUUCGUUGAAUGAUUUUGUGAUAAACGUUGUGGAAUUUUUCCAUGAAAAUGGCUUCAGAGCAGUUUUCACUGUGUUGGGAUAAUUUCCAUCGCAAUAUGAGCAUGGGAAUGCAGUCCUUGCUCGAAAAUGAAGUUUUGGUUGACGUCACCUUGGCCAUCGAGGGCCGAUACUUGAAGGCACACAAGAUGGUUCUCUCCGUUUGUAGCCCUUACUUUCGUGAAUUAUUCCAAAGCAACCCGUGUAAACAUCCCAUUGUGUUCAUGAAAGAUGUUAGUUACGUCGUACUGAUGGAUUUAUUGCAAUUUAUGUAUCAAGGCGAAGUGCAAGUUGCUCAAGAGAAUCUGUCCUUGUUUAUUAAGACGGCCGAAGCUUUACAAAUUAAAGGACUCACUGGUGAUAACGAGGGUCAAACGAACGCAGAAAGUGAAGAAAUGGAGACUGCCGCAGUCGACACUAAGAAAGCUACAAGCCGUCCGAAAAAAUUCUCCGGCCCCGCCUCCAAGAAACCUAAGUUAAACCCAAUCGCAUCGAGCCAUGUUAAGACCCUACCCGUAAUAUCCUCUGCCUCCAAAUUCGAAGUGACAUCGGUUAACACAAAUAGCGAGGUAACGGAGGAUGUCUCGAAUUUCAAACCAGAACCAACCGAAGCCGCUAAUGAACAGCAAUCUGAUACUGAGACAAUGAACGAUAGUCAAAUUGACCAAUAUGCGGAUUACGCUAAUGCCGAAGAUAACGGGGAUGAUGGAGACGAUUUUUCGAUGGCGGAUACUACCAUAGACGAACCGAAGGCUAGUACAUCGACGGAUAUCGGGGGAGGAAGCGACAAUCAAGAUCACAGAGGAGAAGGUUCCGGGCAGAAAAAAAAGAAAAAGAUGAAUCGUUCGCGCAUUAUAUUUAAUGGUUUUGUCUACCACACUAGUGUAGUUCGUAAAAACCCAGCCAUACGAUACCUGAUAUGUGCUAAGUACGGAAGCGCAGGUUGUCACGCCAGAGCCGUACUUCCGCUACACGGAACGCCGGAAAAAAUGCGCAUGACCCGAGGACACAAUCAUCCGCCCGACGAUUUGGCAGAAGAGAAAUUCAACUUCUUGAAACAAUUGAAGGAUAUCACGCAAGGAACUCCCAAUAGUCCCCUGAAAGUUAUUUACGAUGGCGUUCUGUCACUGUUUCCCAGAUUAAUUUCGGAGGUGAAUUACGAUUCUAUUAAAACGUCAAUGCGGCGAUGGCGAAAAGAAGUUUCUCAAGCCUAAAGGCUUCAAAAUGUUUUUGAAUAGUAUUGUGACUUUAGGUGUACGUUUUCUGUAAAAAAAAAGAUAUAUUAAAACGGUCUUAUUUAGCAGA